GGUCGUCCGCGCUGUGGUCUCAGCGGCGAGUUCGCCGGGGCCUGGAAGGGCGGGGCGACCUUAUCGCCCGGCUCUCCGGCUAACGCCUCGCUUUCCAGAGCAAGCUGGGCCACGGGUCCUCUCGCCAUGGGCUCCGGGCCGCGCGGGGCGCUGAGCCUGCUGCUCCUGCUGCUGGCACCGCUGAGCCGUCCCGUCGCGUGCUGCCCCGCGCAGUGCCGCUGCGCAGGGACGCUCGUGGACUGCGGGCGUCGCGGGCUGACAUGGGCCUCGCUGCCAGCCGCCUUCCCGCCGGACACCACCGAGCUGGUGCUGACGGGCAACAACUUAACGGCGCUGCCGCCAGGGCUGCUGGAUGCGCUGCCCGCGCUGCGCGCCGCGCACCUGGGUGCCAACCCCUGGCGCUGCGACUGCCACCUACUGCCGCUGCGCGCCUGGCUAGCCGGCCGCCCGGAGCGCGCGCCCUACCGCGACCUGCGCUGCGCUGCGCCCCCAGGGCUGCGGGGCCGCUUGCUGCCCUACCUGGCAGAGGAGGAGCUGCGCGCCGCCUGCACUCUCGGUGCGCUCUGCUGGGGGGCGAUGGCGGCGCAGGUGGCGCUGCUCGGCCUGGGGCUGCUGCAUGCGCUGCUGCUCGGGCUGCUGUUGAGCCGCCUGCGGAGGCUGCGCGCCCGCGCCCGCGCCCGCGCCGCGCCCGACUUCGCGCUUAGCGCCCCACUGGUGGCGGAAGGGGCCGCCGGAGCAAGCGCGUCCUGAGAGGAGAGUCCUGACUGAGCGACAUAGGCCUGCAAACUCGACAGUACCCUGCCGCAGAAGCUCUCGCCCCAACCUGGAGACCGCCCCCAUCCUUGGCCCCUGCCCAAUCUCUGAGACCCCCCACCCCUCUCUGCAAGCUGGGAUCAACGUGGGCCAGACACUGCUGACACUCCCACCCCUAGCAAGGCGAACCGACACCCCAUGGGCUUGGGGAGGUGAGGGGGCGAACAGCAGCUCACAUCCUACAGAGUCUUCCCCGCCCCAACUUCUGUGUAAAAUAAACCCUUCUCCUCGUGUCCAAUAUCUGCACCACCUGCACUGGAGUGCGGCUCCCCAAACCACGGAGAACGCCUGGAAGAGGCUCACAGCACUCAAUCACUCAUUUACACUCACCUGAAGUGGUUUGGUGACACACAUGAAAGCAGUAGGUAAAAACCACCUAAGACUCCCCUCUCUCAGAAGUUGGCUGGAGGGUAAAGGUACUAAAAGCAGUGAGGACACCAUGGGCAAGUGUGGGCAGCAACAACACACUGGGCAGUGAGGACACUG